CAUCCCCCUCUGGGGUGGGGUCCUCAUCACCAUCGUGGACACCCUCUUCUUCCUCUUCCUUGACAAAUACGGGCUCCGCAAACUAGAGGCUUUCUUUGGCUUCCUUAUCACCAUCAUGGCCCUGACCUUUGGCUACGAGUGGUUGAUGGGGAGGCGGGGGCAGGCCGAGGUGCUGAAGGGCAGUUUCCUGCCCUACUGGCCCGGGCUGGGGCGAGAGGAGCUGCUCCAGGCCGUGGGCAUUGUUGGUGCCAUCAUUAUGCCCCAUAACAUCUUCCUCCACUCCUCCUUGGUCAAGACGCGGGAGAUCGACCGGUCCAAGAAGGAGGCAGUGCAGGAGGCCAACAUGUAUUUCGUGACCGAGUCCUGCCUGGCCCUCUUCGUCUCCUUCCUCAUCAACCUCUUCGUCAUGGCUGUCUUCGGUGAGGCUUUCUACCGCCAGCGAAACGAGGAUGUGCACAACAAGUGCGUCAACAGCAGCGUCAGCCGCUACGCCGGCAUCUUUCCCACCCACAAUUAACGAGCUGGAGCUGACCUCUAGCGGGGCCCAGCAGCCCUGCAAGGGCCCGCUCAGCACCCUGGCACAGAGGAGGGAGUGAUGGCCCCCAUGUCCCUCCGAGCUAGGGUUUGGGGGGGCCACCCCGGCACGGUGCCCCAGGCGUGGCAAGGGGCGAGGGCGCAGGUUUUGCCGUGUCCCCAGGGCUUCCUGCAGCUCCGCUGGUCCCGCUUCAGCCGGGUGCUCUUCACCCGCUCCUUCGCCAUCCUGCCCACCGUCUUCGUGGCCGCCUUCAAGGACGUCAGCCACCUCACGGGCAUGAACGACCUGCUCAAUGUCCUGCAGAGUAUCCUGCUGCCCUUCGCCAUCCUGCCCAUCCUCACCUUCACCAGCCUGCGCCCGCUCAUGCAGGACUUCACCAACGGCCUCCUGGGGAAGGUGCUGAUGACACUCAUCACGGGGCUGGUCUGCGCCAUCAACAUCUACUUCGUGGUGGACUUCCUGCCCACGCUGCAGGGCCUGGGGUACCACAUCCCCCUGGGCCUGCUGCUGGCCGCCUAUGUGGCCUUCAUCACCUACCUG